CGGUCGGAGGGGCGGGCAGCGGCAGUGCGCGGAGCGGUAUCGCGCAAGGGCCGGGCCCCGCUGGGGACUGAGGGUGCUAGCAUGGCUCUGGAUUUCCUCGCUGGAUGCGUCGGAGGUGCUGCAGGAGUACUGGUAGGACACCCAUUUGACACUGUUAAGGUUCGUCUGCAAGUUCAAAAUGUAGAGAAACCUCUCUACCGUGGGACCUUCCAUUGCUUUCAAUCCAUCAUAAAACAAGAAUCUGCUUUUGGACUCUAUAAAGGUAUUGGGUCACCAAUGAUGGGACUCACCUUCAUUAACGCGCUUGUGUUCGGUGUACAAGGAAACACACUUCGUGCUCUUGGAAAAGACACUCCUCUAAACCAGUUCCUUGCAGGGUCAGCAGCAGGGGCUAUCCAGUGCGUCAUCUGCUGUCCCAUGGAGUUGGCAAAGACAAGAAUGCAGCUUCAAGGAACAGGUGAAUAUAAACUAAAAACAAAGAACUACAAAAAUUCUCUGGAUUGUUUGAUCAAAAUCUAUCAAAAGGAAGGGCUAAGGGGUAUCAACAGGGGCAUGGUCUCUACAUUCAUAAGAGAGACUCCAAGCUUUGGCUUUUACUUCCUGACCUAUGACUUAAUGACCAGGUAUUUAGGCUGUGAAGCUGAAGACAGUUAUGUUAUUCCAAAACUGCUGUUUUCUGGAGGGAUAUCAGGAAUAGUAUCCUGGCUCUCAACCUAUCCCAUGGAUGUGAUCAAAUCCCGGCUUCAGGCUGAUGGAGUUGGAGGCGUUACACAAUACAAUGGCAUUUUAGACUGUGUCAGAAAGAGUUACCAUGAAGAAGGCUGGAGGGUGUUCACAAGAGGUCUUACUUCCACACUUCUCCGUGCUUUUCCUGUCAACGCAGCUACCUUUGCUACUGUCACUGUGUUCCUAAUGUAUAUGAGGUCAGAAGACAAUCUUCGUGAAUGUGAACCAGGUCCAGUAAUCCAGCAGCCUUCCAGUUUGUGAACCUUAUCUGUUUGUUCUCCUGAUCCAAAGCCUGGCUACUUGGGAUUUUUGAGUUUUAACACGACCCGCACAAGUGGUGUGAACGUAUACUAUCUGUAUAAAGAAUUCCUAAAUGUGUCAAGUUAGGAUUUAAUCUCAUUACUUGUAUAAAGUACAUACUGCCUUACUAAGGACUUCAUAUCUAGUCGUAUGCAAGUAAGAUGGGAACCUGCUGCCUUAUUAAGGACUUCAUAUCUAGUAGUAUGCAAGUAAGAUGGGAACCUGCCUUUAGAAAGUCCUGUACAGUCACUGUUGCAGCUCCAGAUUUGGAUCUGAAGAAUGUUGUAGUACCAGAAGUCAGGUUUUCUUCCACUCAUGUUCUGAAUGAGUUGAAUGCAGAAAUGUUUUCAGAAAAUAAAUGCUGGUUUUUGUAUGUAACAGGAAGAAGUAUAGUUCUCUAAGGUGAAGUGUGGGGAGAAAUGAAAUGUUGGAGGCAUUUUGCAGGUAACCCUGAACUGUUUAAGACAUGAACUAGCAUUCAGCUAGCCAUGUUUUACUUUUCUUCUGCCUUUAUAUGUCAGUAUUUUAGUAGCAACUUUGUUCAUACUGGUUUGCUAAAAAAAAAAAAAAAAAAAAAAAAAAAAAGGCAAAAAAGAAAGUUAUUUGUUCCUAAGGCACUCCCUUACCUUUCAGCUUUGAAUAAGUAUCUUAAGCACAAAGUUA